ACCAAUGUGAGAGUGAUGAGAUAAUACAAGGAGCGCCGCCCACUGCUCUGGGUGAUGAGGGUGGCCCUGACGUCUCCUUGCCUCACAGUGUGUCGGCCACUCCGCUAGGGGAAGGACGUGUGUACUAGCCCACCAGUCAUCACGUCGCUUCUCACACAAUGUCACAGGCAUAUGUAACGCUUGCCACUAACGAUGGCUAUGCCAUUGGGGCACUGGUUUUGGCCCACUCCUUACGCUCAAACGCAACCACCAAAGAACUUUGUAUAAUGAUUUCUCCGACCGUAUCUUCACCUAUACGAUCACUGUUGGAGUCCGUAUUCGACAAAGUGGUAACUGUAGAUGUUCUAGACUCUGAAGAUUCUGCCCACUUAUCUCUGCUAAAGAGACCAGAACUAGGAGUCACAUUCACAAAAUUGCACUGCUGGACACUUACAAAUUAUUCAAAAUGUGUUUUCCUUGAUGCCGAUAUGUUGUGUGUGCAAAACCCGGAUGACCUUUUCUCGCAUCCUGAACUCACUGCAGUCUGUGACAUUGGCUGGCCAGAUUGCUUUAAUUCGGGCAUGUUUGUGUUUGUGCCUUCUUUAGACACUUACGGCAAACUCCUUCAGCAUGCAGAGACACAGGGUAGCUUUGACGGUGGUGACCAGGGUCUUCUAAAUACUGCCUUUCCAAAUUGGCAUCGUGUCUCGUUUGUAUACAACAUGGUUGCCUCUGCUACGUACACCUAUUUGCCUGCAUACAAACAAUAUGGAGCAAAUGCUAAAUUGGUCCACUUUUUGGGUGCCCUGAAGCCAUGGCAGCACCGUUAUGAUGCUAGUACUGGUUCUGUACACACGGCACCUGGCUACGAACACCUUGCCUUGUAUCUAAACACGUGGUGGACCAUUUAUCUCCGCCUAGUUAGACCAGGCGUUCCCGAAAUGGAUCUCCAAAGUGCAGUAGAGGAGAAAACUCCCCUUGAAGAUGUUCAGGAAAUUAAGGAUCAUUUUAUAGUGGCAGAGGGACAUGAACAUGCUUCCAACCAUGUAUGUGAUGGGACUGAGGUAAACGACACAAACAUUAGUUACAGAGUACUCGACAAUUUGGAGUCGCAUAGUGAAUGUGUAUCUAAUGUCAUUGAUUCUGUUGAGGACAGUAAUGGCAAUGAGAGUGAAACCUUAGACCUGGAAGCUCCAACUGUGUGUUGGGUACAGGAGGUUGUGCAGCAAUUGGCUGAUAUGAGCAUUGGACAAGAGAAUCUUCAAGAAGGACUGGCCAGGUGGGAACGUGGAGAACCAGACUACCUGGGUCGUGACUCCUUUGCAAACAUCCAGGCUUACAUUGAAGAAAAACUGCGAAGUAGCAAGUAGCUGCAGUAGGCUUGAAUAUAAAUUACUCUAGAGUACUGCAGAAGUGACUACAUAGUGAUCAGAUGGAUAAUCAGACUUUAAAUGCAAGAUGAUUCUUGAUUGCGAAGUCCUGGUAGAAGUGGUUUUGCAGGCAGUAUUUUUUUUCUUUUUGGACGUUGAUACCAGUUCAAAAAUGACUCGUAUUUGUGUUAAAUUCUGAUGUUUUGAUGCAUUAUAUUACUGCAACAUUAAAUUUGAGAAAGUAUAUUACUUUGUCUAGAGGCCUUUUUAUGUAAUUUAAAAGUUAGGUUAAUGUUUCUUGGUCCAUUCAGUAAUAUAAACUUCUCAAAUAAGGGAUGAUCGUAUAGUGAUUCGGUUAGACAAGAACUGUCCCCUUAACAUUCUCAUGGUGUACAGCUCUUUAUCUACUAGGAAUCUCGAGCAUUUUGUUUAAUUGGGUAUAACUCUAGUCUAAUUUGUUGCUCAAUUUCUUUGUAAUGUAAUUGACUCAGUGCCUUUAUCUGAUAGUGUAACUGGAGAGCUAAAAUGGUAUUGAAGAUGCAUAUUGUGGUCUGUGACAGCGUGUCAUGUUGGGCAACCUAGCACAAUUCAGAUACUCUGAAAGAAUGGGGGAAAAAUUGGAAUUGGAUGAAAUUUUUUUACAUUCCGCAUUGCCCAAACUGACUUUACCUAAAUUUUUCGAAUUGUGCCAAAGUCCUUGGAAUGUCACUUCAAUAAAGCAUAAGCAUUA